AUGUCGACCAAGAUGAAGGGGAAGCUUCCCGAGGUCAUUGACCUCACGCAGUCCAACUCGUACCGGCCGUACACGGGCGCCAAGAAGCUAGUGAUCAAGAACCUGCGGCCUGCGGCGCGGAACGAGCAGCUAGAACAGUACUAUCAACGGACCGAGCAGGAGUUGGUUGACGCCUUGCAAGACAUUUUCAACGGGCGCAAGCCGCAACUGCCAUUGGAGAGGCUAUAUAGGGCUGUCGAGGAUAUCUGUAGGCGUGGCAAGGACAAUGAGCUGCAGCUUUAUGAGACGUUGCGGCGGAAGUGCGAGGAGCACCUGACCCAUGAUGUCCUGCGGUCAAUCAAGUCCCGUGGCGGCAACACAGACGUUGACAUGCUGCGGAGCGUCCUCCAGCAUUGGCGGGUUUGGAACGGUCAAAUCAUGACGAUUCGGUCUACAUUCAGCUACCUCGACCGCACUUUUCUUCUCAAGAACAAGCAUUACCCUUCCAUCAACGACAUGACCAUUUCGCAAUUCAAGAGAAUGGCAUUUCCAUCUCGAGAUGAUCCAGACGGUCAGUCGCCCGGUGGUAGGGCGUUACGUGGCAUGUACGACCUGAUCUCAUAUGACCGCCUUGGGGACGAGCGAUUCGAUGCGGCACUACUGAAAGACUCCAUCAUGAUGCUUCACGUCUUCAACAUCUACACCAAGUACUUCGAACCCCGGUUCAUCGAGUUAUCAGAGCACUACUUUGAAGAGUUCGCAGAGGAGAGGAGCGCGUCGAGUCUGAAAGAGUACAUUUUGGCGUGUGAAAGACUCUUGAAGAGAGAGGACUACCGCUGCAACGAGUACAACCUAGACUCGACGACGAAGAAGCAGCUGCUUGAUUCGGCACACGGUAUAUUGAUUAAGAACUACUCUGACAAGCUUCUCAAUGUUGAGAGUCUUUCUAAGCUCCUCUCUGACCAUGAGGUGGAUUCAAUGAAGGCGCUCUACGAUCUGUUGCGGCUCUCCGGAAUCCAAAAGAAACUGAAGGAGCCUUGGAGCGCGUACAUCCGGAAGACCGGCGCAAUCAUUGUUGCCGACAAAGAACGAGGCGAUGAGAUGGUGCAGAGACUCCUUGAACUCAAGAGAUCCCUGGGACUUAUCGUACGGGAUGCCUACGGGGGCGAUUCAGACUUUGUCAACGACCUCAGAAACGCCUUUGGCGAUUUCAUGAACGACCGCAGCAUUGCGGCGACAUGGAGCUCGGGAACAUCCAAGGUCGGAGAGAUGAUUGCAAAGUACGUCGACAUGCUGCUUCGUGGUGGUAUCAAGGCUCUGCCCAAGGUCAUGCUCUCGGACAACAAAGACCGAGCUGCGGCGGAACAGAGCGGGCUGGCCAGCACAGGAGACGAAGACGCAGAGCUCGACCGGCAACUCGACCAAGCUCUUGAGCUCUUCCGCUUCAUCCAGGGCAAAGACGCGUUUGAAGCGUUCUACAAGAAGGACCUAGCCCGUCGUCUGCUCAUGGGCAGGAGUGCCAGCCAGGACGCCGAGCGAAACAUGCUCCGAAAGCUCAGAGAGGAGUGUGGAAUGAACUUUACCCACAACUUGGAGCAGAUGUUUAAGGACGUUGAGGUGGCCAAGGAGGAGAUGGAGGCAUACAAGCAAUGGUCCGAAGGCACCGGUGUUGGCAGAGCCCCUGUCGACCUUUCCGUCAUGAUCCUGUCAGCUGCUGCUUGGCCCACGUACCCCGAUGUCAAGGUACACCUGCCAGACGAUGUCGCCAAGCAGAUCGAGCGCUUCGACCAAUACUACAAGAAUAAGCAUACCGGCCGGCUUCUCAACUGGAAGCACGCUCUGGCGCACUGCACGGUCAAGGCGAAAUUCCCCAAGGGCACGAAGGAGCUUCUCGUCAGUGCGUACCAGGCGAUCAUUCUCGUCCUCUUCAACGAGGUCGGCCUCGAGGGCUUCCUCACCUACGAACAGAUCGCCCGCGCCACGAAUCUCCAGGGAGAAGAACUAGGCCGGACGCUGCAGUCGCUCGCCUGCGGCCAGGUCCGCGUGCUUGCGAAGCAUCCCAAGGGCAAGGACGUCAACCCGACGGACACAUUUACAAUCAACAAGACGUUUGCGCAUCCCAAGAUCCGGGUCAAGAUCAACCAGAUCCAGCUCAAGGAGACCAAGGAGGAGAACAAGGCGACGCACGAGCGCAUCGCGCAGGACAGACGGUUCGAGACGCAGGCGGCCAUUGUGAGGAUCAUGAAGAGCAGGAAGGAGAUGAGCCACGGCGAGCUGGUAGCCGAGGUGAUUAAUCUGACCAAGAACCGUGGGGCGGUUGACGCGGCGCAAAUCAAGAAGGAGAUUGAGAACCUGAUUGACAAAGACUACCUCGAGCGCGAGGGCAACACCUAUACUUACCUGGCAUAG